ACACACAUAUAUGAAUUGCUGAACAAGACACCUUAAAACCUUCUCUCUCAUUUCUCUAAUCUCUCUCUCUCUGCAAUUCAAUCCGGGUUGAAAAUACACAAAAAUGGCGGCGACAGCAGUACCUAUGGUAGAAGACACCAACUUCGAGGACGAUCAACUCGCAUCUAUGUCCACCGAUGACAUUGCUAGGUCUUCUCGUCUCCUCGAUAACGAAAUUCGAGUCCUCAAGGAUGAGCUACAAAGGACAAAUCUGGAAGUGGAUUCGAUAAAGGAAAAAAUUAAGGAGAAUCAGGAGAAGAUUAAACUCAAUAAGCAACUUCCUUACUUAGUCGGAAACAUCGUUGAGAUUUUAGAGAUGAACCCAGAGGACGAAGCUGAGGAAGAUGGUGCAAAUAUCGACCUUGACUCACAGAGGAAGGGUAAAUGUGUGGUACUGAAAACAUCUACACGCCAGACAAUUUUCCUUCCCGUGGUUGGUCUUGUUGAUCCCGAUAAGCUGAAGCCUGGGGAUUUGGUCGGGGUGAAUAAGGAUAGUUACUUGAUCCUGGAUACCUUGCCCUCAGAGUACGACUCUCGUGUCAAGGCAAUGGAGGUUGAUGAAAAACCAACUGAAGACUACAAUGACAUUGGAGGGUUAGAGAAACAGAUUCAAGAAUUAGUUGAAGCUAUUGUUUUGCCAAUGACACACAAGGAGCGGUUUCAGAAGUUAGGAGUUCGACCUCCCAAAGGUGUGCUCUUAUAUGGUCCUCCGGGAACUGGAAAGACUUUGAUGGCUCGUGCAUGUGCUGCCCAAACAAAUGCUACAUUUCUGAAGCUAGCAGGCCCACAACUUGUUCAGAUGUUCAUUGGAGAUGGAGCAAAACUUGUUCGUGAUGCAUUUCAACUUGCUAAGGAAAAAUCUCCUUGCAUCAUAUUUAUUGAUGAAAUUGAUGCUAUUGGCACAAAACGAUUCGACAGUGAAGUUAGUGGGGAUAGAGAGGUGCAGCGCACCAUGCUUGAGCUUCUAAAUCAGCUCGAUGGUUUUAGCAGUGAUGAUAGGAUCAAGGUGAUAGCAGCAACAAAUCGAGCCGAUAUCUUGGAUCCUGCUCUCAUGCGUUCUGGGCGGUUAGAUCGUAAAAUUGAGUUUCCCCACCCCACAGAAGAAGCCAGAGCUCGUAUCCUGCAGAUCCAUUCACGAAAGAUGAAUGUCCACCCAGACGUGAAUUUUGAGGAGCUGGCUAGGUCGACGGAUGAUUUCAAUGGGGCACAAUUGAAAGCUGUAUGUGUGGAGGCAGGCAUGCUAGCUCUUCGUCGUGAUGCCACUGAGGUGAACCAUGAAGAUUUCAAUGAAGGUAUCAUCCAGGUCCAGGCAAAGAAGAAAUCAAGCUUGAAUUACUAUGCAUAGGUUGUCUUUGGAUAGUGAUUGUAUUAGUUCAGGCAGAAGAGAGAAAUGAGAAUGUAUGUCUCACUUGCCACUUACUGCUCUCUUUUCAUGUACAAUGGAACAAGGGUUUAUCAAAUAUCAACAAUGUAUUCGUUUCUACUUGUUACUCCACAGAUGCUUUUGAAUUAAGUCGAUAUAUCCAGAGUGAAAAUU